AUAUGCCAGUUCGAUGUACCACUUGGUUGUAUCUCGAAAGUAGAAAAAGUUGGACAUUCGAAUGUGAGUCGAGGUGAAGAUGCAUAUGGUAUACUGAUUUCUUGUAAGGAUAUGCGGCAUAUACGUUUUACCUGCCAGCCUUCUACGCAUAGUAGAAGGCCAUUGUUCGAUGCUCUACUUAGAUUUGCUUUUCCAAUAACGAACAAAGAGCCCCUCUAUGCUUUUCUCUAUGCAAAAGCCGUGCGCGAAUCAUCGCCGCCUAAUACUGGAUCCAGAUCGCUGAUAGACGGUUGGACUAUUUAUGAUGCAAAAUUGGAACUGAAUCGACUUGGUGUUCCUAACGAACAAUGGGAAAUCACGCAGCUGAAUCAUAAUUACGAAUUUGCAGAUACUUAUCCGCGCGUGCUUGCGAUUCCCGCUGCUGUAGAGCAUAAAGGUCGCGAUUUCUUAGAACGAGUUGGUGAACACAGAAGCCGUCAACGCAUCCCAGUACUGAGUUGGCUUCAUCCAGAAACUCAAGCAUCCAUAACACGAUGUUCGCAACCGAUGUCAGGAAUGACGAAUAAAAGAUGUCCCGAUGAUGAAUGGUUUCUGAAGCAAAUAGUUUCUGCCAACGCACAUACUCACCAGCUGCUAAUAUUUGAUGCUCGACCAGUUGUAAAUGCAAAGGUAAUAGUUUGA